GUGUGACUGCAGAUGUCAGUAGCAUCACAAAUGGAUCUACCUGAAGAACUUCAGCAUACAUAUACAAAAUUUUCUGAAUGGAAAUUCAAGCUCUUUAAAUUGCGAUCAUUUGAAAAAACAUCCUCUGAUGACAGCCAGCACACACACAAAAAUCAGGCAGAAGAGGCUGUUUCUUCAAAUAAAGAAAUCAUCCUGCAUGAAGAUGAAGCAGUGCCAAGAGAAGAAGAAAUGGAGUUAACAGACAAUAGGCAGGGACUUGAGGAAGAUGCCCAUGCCAUGAAAACACAGGACAAUAGAGCUCAUCAGAACAAUCUGAAGGAACUCUGCCGCAUCUGUGGGGUUUCAUUUAAAACAGAUUGUUCCAAGAGAACCUACCCAGUGCAUGGGCCAGUGGAUGAUGAAACUCUUUGGCUUCUGAGAAAGAAGGAAAAAACAGCAACCUCUUGGCCAGAUCUUAUUGCUAAGGUUUUCAAGAUUGAUGUACGAGGGGAUGUUGACACUAUCCAUCCCACUCGAUUUUGUCACAACUGCUGGAGUAUUAUACAUAGAAAAUUCAGUAAUACUCUAUGUGAAGUGUAUUUUCCUAGGAACAGCACAAUGGAGUGGCAACCCCAUUCCCCAAACUGUGAUGUCUGCCAUACUACCAGAGGAGGAGUCAAGAGAAAAAGCCAGCCCCCACAUGUGCAACGUGGCAAACGUGUCAAAACCACUGGGAAACAUGCUCAGCUAAACAGAGGUGUAAAGAACCAACAACUCAAACAAGCACAGAUAAACAACAAAAAUUUAAUGAAAGAGAUUGUCAAUUGCAAAGAUAUACAUCUCAGCACCAAGCUGCUUGCAGUUGAUUACCCAGUAGACUUCAUUAAAUCCAUUUCUUGCCAGAUUUGUGAUCAUAUUUUGGCAGAUCCAGUGGAAACAACAUGCAGACACUUGUUUUGCAGAACUUGCAUCCUUAAAUGUAUCAGAGUUAUGGGCAGCUAUUGCCCCUCCUGCUGGUAUCCUUGCUUUCCUACUGAUCUGGUAACCCCAGUGAAAUCCUUCCUGAACAUCCUUGAUAAUCUGAGUAUAAGAUGCCCUGUAAAGGAAUGUGAUGAAGAGAUCUCGCAUGGAAAAUAUGGCCAACACCUCUCUGGCCACAAGGAGAUGAAAGAAGGAGAGCUCUAUAGCUACAUCAAUAAAGGUGGCCGACCGAGGCAGCACCUCCUGUCUUUGACAAGGAGAGCUCAGAAACAUCGUCUGAGGGAACUGAAACGCCAAGUGAAGGCUUUUGCUGAGAAAGAAGAGGGCGGUGAUAUAAAGGCUGUAUGCAUGACUUUGUUCCUGCUAGCUUUGAGAGCAAAAAAUGAACACAAACAAGCAGAUGAACUGGAGGCUAUAAUGCAAGGGAGGGGAUCUGGACUUCAUCCUGCUGUCUGUCUGGCCAUCCGAAUCAACACAUUUCUCAGCUGUAGUCAGUAUCAUAAAAUGUACAGAACGGUAAAAGCUGUCACUGGCAGGCAGAUCUUCCAGCCUUUGCAUGCUCUUCGCACUGCUGAGAAAGCCCUCCUACCAGGUUAUCACCCAUUUGAGUGGAAACCUCCCCUGAAAAAUGUAUCCACUAACACAGAAGUGGGAAUUAUAGAUGGACUAUCAGGACUGCCACUCUCAAUUGAUGAUUACCCAGUAGACACAAUUGCAAAGAGAUUCCGAUACGAUGCAGCCUUGGUCUGUGCCUUAAAGGACAUGGAAGAGGAGAUCUUGGAAGGCAUGAAAGAAAAAAACCUGGAUGACUACUUGAAUGGCCCCUUCACUGUGGUAGUAAAAGAGUCCUGUGAUGGAAUGGGAGAUGUCAGUGAGAAGCAUGGAAGUGGGCCUGCUGUCCCAGAGAAGGCUGUUCGCUUUUCCUUCACAGUCAUGAACAUUUCCAUAGCACAUGGGAAUGAAAGCAAGAGGAUCUUUGAGGAAGUAAAGCCCAAUUCAGAGUUGUGCUGUAAGCCCUUGUGCCUUAUGCUGGCUGAUGAAUCAGAUCAUGAAACUCUGACAGCAAUCCUGAGCCCCCUCAUAGCAGAAAGAGAGGCUAUGAAAAACAGUGAACUGCUGCUUGAAAUGGGAGGCAUCCUGAGAACAUUUAGAUUUGUCUUUAGGGGUACAGGAUAUGAUGAGAAACUCCUGCGGGAAGUGGAAGGGCUGGAGGCCUCAGGUUCCACUUAUAUUUGUACCCUGUGUGAUGCAACCCGCUUGGAGGCAUCCCAGAAUCUGGUCUUCCACUCCAUAACCAGGAGCCAUGCUGAAAAUCUGGAGCGAUAUGAAAUAUGGAGGUCCAACCCGUAUCACGAGUCUGUUGAUGAGCUCCGUGACAGAGUGAAGGGUGUUUCAGCCAAACCUUUUAUUGAGACUGUUCCCUCCAUAGAUGCACUGCACUGCGACAUUGGCAAUGCAACAGAAUUCUACAGGAUUUUCCAAAUGGAGAUUGGUGAACUUUACAAGAAUCCUGAUGUGUCUAAAGAGGAGAGGAAGAGGUGGCAAUUGACUCUUGACAAACACCUCAGGAAGAAGAUGAACUUGAAGCCUAUGCUGAAGAUGAGUGGAAAUUUUGCUAGAAAGCUCAUGUCCAAAGAGACUGUAGAGGCAGUAUGUGAAUUAAUUAAGUGUGAGGAAAGGCAUGAAGCUCUAAAAGAACUAAUGGACCUUUAUCUGAAGAUGAAGCCAGUGUGGCGAUCCUCAUGCCCGGCCAAGGAGUGCCCAGAACUGCUGUGCCAGUAUAGCUACAAUUCACAGCGUUUUGCAGAGCUCUUAUCUACAAAGUUCAAGUACAGAUAUGAGGGCAAGAUUACAAAUUAUUUCCACAAAACACUUGCUCAUGUUCCUGAAAUCAUUGAAAGAGAUGGGUCCAUUGGGGCCUGGGCAAGUGAAGGAAAUGAGUCUGGAAACAAACUGUUUAGGAGGUUCCGAAAAAUGAAUGCCAGGCAGUCCAAGGUCUAUGAGAUGGAGGAUGUCUUGAAGCACCACUGGCUAUAUACCUCCAAGUACCUCCAGAAGUUCAUGAAUGCUCAUAAAACAUUAAAAAGCCAGAACUUCACCAUUGAUUCAGGGGAUAGUUUAAGUGACUCCUUGCCACUGGAGGUCUUGGAAAACAAUGGUUCAGCAGAACUCUAAAUGUACAGCACCUUUGGUGUUGGGUUUGUGAUGGUGUCUCCCUGCAGGGAAUCAGAUUCUUCUUCAAACCUGUAGAGGUAGAAAGAAGUCUGAAAUUUACAGUCCCUGUAAAGGUGCUGAGAGGAGUUCAUUUAAUAAACACCGUAUGUGGUGGGCAUCUGCAAGAGGCAAUGCACUGGUGCAUUUACCAGUUGUUAUAUGAGAUGAGAGCAGAAAAAAUCACAAAGAAGGGUCUUUGUUUUGUUCUGGUCAUAUUGUUUCUAAGGGAUAAAAUUGAAGUACACAAGGUUUUAUAGCAAGUUUUAGUUUGGAGGGAAUAUGAUUGUGGAGAGUUGUGACAGUUGCUGCAAAGGAGCAUCGCUGUUUGUUUUGUUUGCAUUUCGUUGAAUAUUUUGCUCUUUACUUUUUAAGAGGGCUUGAUUAUUUUCUUGAUGGUUUUUUGGGUUUUAUAAGUAAAGAUUUGUCAGUGAGACAGUUGGAUAAUUGUUUUGGAUAAAGUUCAGUUAUUUUUGUAGAAAAUACUUACUAAAGAUGCAAACUUUGAUGUACUCUAGAAAUAUUAUUAUUUAACAUAUAUAUUGUAGUACUGCUUAGGAGCAGAUGAUGAUGGUAUCAUCAUGCUAAUUUACUAUAUGAAGAUAUAGGAAAGGUAGCUGAAGUUUUUAGAAGAUAUUUUUAUCAUAGCCUGUUUACUCUGAAAGGCAAACUUGUGCUCCUAAAUCAGGAUUUACAGUACCUUGUGGUUAUCUCAUUAUAUAAAGUACAUUCAAGCUCUGCUGUGUAGCUUGUUGCUUCAUGAGCAUUUUAGACUUCUAUGGUAACUUCAGUACAUAGUACAAUUUGCAUUUGUACAGCUUUAUUGAAUGAAUUCCUGGCCUCACUGAAGUCCCCAGUAAAUCCUCAUUAAUACCAGUAGGUGCACAGCUUCACCAAGUGACUUUACUCACAGCAGUCCCAUUUCUCAGGAGAUGGUUAUUACCUUGAUCAGAUACGUGCCAGCAGGGUAUUUCCCUGACUGCUGCUGCCAUGCUCCAGCUGUAUCUGAUACCAAACUUUUUCUCCCCUGGGAUAUACCACAGGCACUGCCUCAUUUUCCAAAUCCCAAAAGAGGGAUAAUAUUUAUUAACCUCAAAGAUAGUUGCUUACAUGACUAGUUAAAAAGCAAUAAACUCUCUUGAAAUUUCUGCAUGCCAUAUUUUUCACUAUUACAGCAGUGUUUAGUUGGUAUUUGUCUUUCUGAAGUGAUAUUUAGUAUAUUCAUAGUUCGUAAAAUUAUGACUUUAAUUCAUGGACAUAUUCAUGAAACAUACUCAAGUACCUGAGAUGCCUCCAAAUCAUCUAGAUCUGUCAGAUCUGCAUCUGUGGCUAGGGUGUUACUGUGUUUGCAGUAAUGUUUCUGAAACAAGAUUAACUGCGGAAACAAUCAAGCACAGAUCUAAAAGACUCCACUUUUUUUUCAUUUUGAUGUGGCAGAAGUUGGUUUCUGAGUGUAAGUGAACAAUGAAUUUAAAAGGUUUAAUGGUCUGAGGUUUGUUUUGUAGUAUCUUGUUUAUGUUGUUUACUAUAUCUUUAAGGGUCUGGCAUUUACCAUUCAUGGACAAUUAAAAAAUAGAAUUAAGAGCUAGUAAUUAGUACAAAUUUUAAUGUUAUUCUAAUUAUGCCUUUCUUUUGGUUUCAACUAAUUAAAUCACUAUUUUAAAAAUAGUCUAAUUUAGGAUUUUAGUUUAACAUGAUUUCUUUAAACAUAGUUUAACACAAUGUCAAAAUCUGCAGUUGGAAAGAAUGUCUUUUUUCUAAGCCGUCAUGAGGGCUACAGAAUUUUCUGUAUAAUGUAUCAUGCAUAUCUGCACUUACUGAAUGCUCAUUUCUAGAUUAAUUUAAAAAAAAAUUCUUUGAAAACAAAUAUUUCCUGUAUAGCAUUAAAAAUAGUUUUGCAUAAUUAUCAUUCUUUACCAAUAUAUGCAGACCUUAAAUAGACCUGUUUCCUAGGGAGUAUAAAUAGCAGGUAUAAAGAACAUUCUCUAGCAGUUAUAGUUUUGCAGAUAUGGUUUUCAUAUUUGGUCAGCAUAUAUUUCAUUAUGCAAACAGUUGCACACUUCUUUUUUCUCUGCAUGUAUAUUUGGGACAGCUGUUUUACCUUGUGCUGUAUCCUUGAGUUUGCUUGAAUGAAUAAGGGGUUUGUUUAACAAUCUUGACUCAUCUCAUGGUGAUUUUCACUCCAUUUAAAUGGUAUACAUAAUCUUCAUUGCCUUUUGCACAGGAGUGGAUUUCAAGUAAUCCAAAGUCAUCCAUAGUAAUGCAUUUCUGUCAUGGAGUGAGGGACCAGAUUUUGUUACUUUUGCACAUAUAAUUUCAGUGACUCUAACCAAAACAUGGUCAAAUUUCAAAUUCAAUUUAACAGACUGCUGACAUAACAGCAAGUGAUUGGUCUCAUUUGCUAUGAAAGGGCUGAGUAAGUUUGAUCCUUGUACACAAGGUUUCUUAAAACAAACCUUACAUCCUGGAGUAACCCAUCAAAGUGAACAAAAUGUGAGUAGGGACAGAGGAAUGCAGUGCCAUGUAGCAGUAUUCUUUUGUGAGAUAUUUUAAGCUAUAAAGUCACAUUUCACACUCUACCAGCUCUGGGCAGGAUAGCUGACACAGAGAGGUACUACUAUUUUUUCCCACUUUUCUGGUUUUUCAGACUGGAACCUGGUUUAAUCUUGUAUUUCCCCAUUGCUGACAUAUUUCUGUACAUCAGUUGAGAAUUUUGAGCUCAUUAGAACAAACACUGAAAGGGAGGUACCUGCAAGUGCAGCUUUUGUAAACAGAGCUGAAAUAACAAUGCUUCAUGCACACAGCCAUGCACUGGAAGGCCAACAAAUCCUGACUGCAGACAGGUGCAGCAUUUGGUUAUGCUGCCUGUUAAGCUUUCUGACUUUGAAGAGGCUUUAGAAAUAUGGAGAGACUUCUAUUCAUGGUACUCUUUCAAACCUUCACAUUCUCUUUUUUACUGGUACAAAUCCUUCAGUAAUUACAGUAAAUAAUUACCACUUUGUUCUGAAAUUGUAUUGGCAGUAGUUUUCAUACAAUCACAUUAUGUAUCUUGUUUUGUUUGGUUUUGUUUGGUUUUGUUUUCUUCCAGGGUUUGGUGUUGUGAAUUGCCAUGUUAUAAAUUAUGUGAACCAUGUUAGAAGCCACGAUUCUGCUAUCACAUGUUCUUCUUCCUCACAGGAAUAAUUAUAUUGUCU